GCGGGCGGGGGAAGAUGGCGGAGCUGGGUAAGAAGUACUGCGUGUACUGCCUGGCCGAGGUGAGCCCGCUGCGCUUCCGCUGCACCGAGUGCCAGGACAUCGAGCUGUGCCCCGAGUGCUUCUCGGCCGGCGCCGAGAUCGGCCACCACCGCCGCUACCACGGCUACCAGCUGGUGGACGGCGGGCGCUUCACGCUGUGGGGGCCCGAGGCCGAGGGCGGCUGGACCAGCCGCGAGGAGCAGCUGCUGCUGGAUGCCAUCGAGCAGUUCGGCUUCGGAAACUGGGAAGACAUGGCUGCUCACGUGGGAGCUUCCCGCACGCCGCAGGAGGUGAUGGAGCAUUACGUAAGCAUGUACAUCCACGGAAACCUGGGGAGAGCCUGCAUCCCUGACACCAUUCCCAACCGGGUGACCGACCACACGUGCCCUGGCGGAGGCCCCCUGUCCCCCAGCCUCACCACCCCCUUGCCUCCCCUAGACAUCUCGGUGGCCGAGCAGCAGCAGCUGGGCUACAUGCCCCUGCGUGACGACUACGAGAUCGAGUACGACCAGGAUGCUGAGACGCUCAUCAGCGGGCUCUCAGUCAACUACGACGAUGAGGAUGUGGAGAUCGAGCUGAAGCGUGCGCACGUGGACAUGUAUGUGCGCAAACUCAGGGAGAGGCAGCGGCGCAAGAACAUCGCCCGCGACUACAACCUGGUGCCCGCCUUCCUGGGCAAGGACAAGAAGGACAAGGAGCGGCCGGCCAAGCGUAAGGUCACUAAGGAGGAGAAGGAGCUGCGGCUGAAGCUGCGGCCGCUAUACCAAUUCAUGUCGUGCAAGGAGUUUGAUGACCUGUUUGAGGGCAUGCACAAGGAGAAGAUGCUGCGGGCCAAGAUCCGAGAGCUGCAGCGCUACCGGCGCAACGGCAUCACCAAGCUGGAGGAGUCCGCCGAGUAUGAGGCGGCCCGGCACAAGCGUGAGAAGAGGAAGGAGAACAAGAGCGCCGCCGGUGCCAAGAGGGGCAAGGAGGAUGGCAAGGACAGUGAGUUUGCAGCCAUCGAGAACCUGCCGGGCUUUGAGCUCCUGUCGGACCGCGAGAAGGUGCUCUGCAGCUCCUUGAACCUGAGCCCUGCGCGCUAUGUCACCGUUAAGACCAUCAUCAUCAAGGACCACCUCCAGAAGCGACAGGGGAUCCCCUCCAAGAGCCGCCUCCCAAGCUAUUUGGACAAAGUCCUAAAGAAAAGGAUUUUAAACUUCCUCACAGAGAGUGGGUGGAUAUCCAGGGAUGCGUCCUGAAAGUGUGGGUUUGUGGGCAGCCACCAGGCGCUCUGAGCCCAAGGGACCCGGGCGAGGGAGGGAACAACAUGCUUCCCCCCACUGUUGCUCCUUUUUUAAACAAAGUGAGUUCCUUUCUUUUAGGCUAUAAAUUCUUUUCCUGGUUCUCUGAAAGAAGCAAUAGUAACGAUUUUAUGUCGGAUCAUGGGGGAAGCCGACGUAUGUAUGUUUUAACUUAGUCCAAAAGUCCUACCUUAAGAUGACGAUUUGCCUUUACAUGUUCAGUUUGGGGACUAUUAUGAGAUUGGGUCAUUUCCUUUCGUGUCUUCCCUUUGGUACGCAACUCUUGGGCUGCGGGUAAAAGGGGCAGCUUUCUGCUGGCCCCGGUAGCCAGCUUGACCCUGUGACAUGACCUUUGGCUGGCUGCCGGGGGCACCCCUGGGCCCCUCCCCGCCCCCGACACCCCAGCACAGCCCCAGCACGCCGCACUUUAGGUGGGGGCCAGGGUGGGGCAGGUGGGAGGUGAGGCUGGAGAACCACAGGAUGUUUCCUUGGGAGCCUUAGAGGAAGAGUCAGGUCGAAGUGUCCACAUGAGCUUCCCCCUGACUCUUGGCAUCGAGAAACUGGAGCUUGUUCUUUGGAGCCCCAAACUGCUCCUUGCCUCCUUUGCAGGGGGUAGAGCCUGCAGGCUCACCUCAGGCAAGCACCCAGCCCCUGGGCAGGCUCCCUAGUAUGUGGAAGGGGCUCCAGAACUCUGAGCCAGCUUUCCAGGGGGCUGCUGCUUGCUGCUCCUAAUACUUUCAGGACUAAGUACCCCACUUACUUGGGAGAACUCCUUUUAGAAAGUGGAACGCUGAGUUCUGGAGUCCACUUCCUCCAGGAUUUUCACCGUGGUUGCAAUAACCUUUUUCACCGAAGCUCUAGCCUUCUCCCUGCAAGCCUGGCUGAGAGUUGUAUUUCAGGGGCUUGCAGUGCUCUCUGCAGCCCAGCCAGGCUGGACUGGGCUGCCCCACAGCAGGCUCUGGCCAAGCAGGAAGGGAGCCUUCAGGGUGAGGCACUGUGUGUGGCUUCUCCGGUCCCCGUCUUGGAUCCCUCAGCUUCCACUCCGCUUCUGCCCAGCCCUACUGUUUCUGCAGGGGCCCUCUUCUGUCGGGGGACAUGGUACCUUCCUUCUAGAACUUGAGUCAGUUCUUUGCCUUCCUGCUGCUCAGGGUUGGUUCUCAUGGUGAAGAUCCCACUUUAGUUGGGGUGACUACAGACCCCCAGCACUCCCAUUCUUCGGGGAGCUCAUCCUGCAGCUCCUGCCCCAUUGCGACCAAGAGACUGUUUACCUCCCAGAAUGUUUGGGCUUGAAAUUACAUUAAAGCAAAGUUAUUUGAAAGACAAAAAGACCCUCAUCAUUUCCAAGGACUUAAUUAAGGUGCCUUUUCCUUUCUUUUUACAUCCUCCUGUCCCCCAGGGUAAAUUUUUCAGCAUUAAAUAAAACAUUUCAAAUACCUCGUCUGU